AUGUCUAUCGUAUACAACAAAACUCCAUUAUUACGUCAAUUCUUUAGAGGUUCGCCAAUCCCACAAUUCUUUCUUAAAUAUGAAUGUAUGCAACCAAGUGGUAGUUUCAAAAGUAGAGGUAUUGGGAAUUUGAUCUUAAAGAGUAUUGAUAAGAUUAAUAGUUCCAAUUUAAAUAAGAGACCACAAGUAUUUUCUAGUUCCGGUGGUAAUGCUGGUUUAGCUGCUGCUACCGCUUCAAGAAGAUUAUCAAUUCCUUGUACUGUGGUGGUCCCCACAGCAACUAAGGAAAGAAUGGUUAACAAGAUUAAAGAUACAGGUGCUAAAGUUAUUGUUAAUGGAGGCCAUUGGAGUGAAGCAGAUGAUUAUUUACAAAACCAUGUUAUAAAUAAGAUCGACUUAAAUGAAAUAGAGCCCAUUUAUGUUCAUCCUUUUGAUAAUCCUUUGAUUUGGGAAGGUCAUUCCACAAUGAUUGAUGAAAUCAUUGAAUCGUUAAAUGAACAAAAUAUUGACAUCAGAAAUGUUAAAGCUAUCACUUGUAGUAUUGGUGGUGGUGGAUUAUAUAACGGUUUGAUUCGAGGGUUAGAAAAAUAUAACUUAGCUUCAAAAAUACCUAUUAUUGGUGUAGAGACCAAUGGUUGCCAAGUAUUUAAUACUUCAUUAAAAUUGAAAAAAUUGGUCAAAUUUCCCAAGAUUAAUACAAUUGCUACAUCUUUGGGGACAAGUACUAUUUCUGCUAAAACUUUUGAAAAUGCUUUAAAAUAUAAUACUAAAUCUGUGGUAGUGGAUAAUAUUGAUGUAAUAAAGACUUGUUUAAGAUAUACUUAUGAUUUUAAUCAGGUGGCCGAACCUGCUUGCGGUGCUGCAUUACAUUUGGCGUAUAAUACUGGUCUAAUAGAAAAUGCCCUGGAUACUACUCUAACAAAAGAUGAUAUUAUAAUAGUGAUUGCUUGUGGUGGUUCUUCCAAUACAGUUCAAGAAUUAGAAGAAGCUUUACUCAAAUAUAAAUUGGAUUAUUCCUUACCACAAACACCAGAAUAUAUCUUUACCGAAAAUCAUACUCCAAUAUUAUCCCCUGUAUUAUAA